CCAAAAUCAGAAAUUCUAAGAAGAUUCAACCAAACGAUGUCUAAGAUCCAACUUUUUGUUCUCUUCGUUAGGAAAAAGGUUUACUCCAAACUAAGAUUAAAAACAAACAAUCAAAAUGAAACACAAAAAGGUUAUUUUGGGGCACAAUCGCAUAUGGCAAAACGGUUAGAAUCAAAAUCUUUGGGUAGUUUCUAACACUUAUUUAAUCCCUUUCUCUAUCCGUUAAGAUUCAGUUUCAAUACAAGUACUUGUCAUCAACAAUUAAUCAUUCAUUUCUACCAAUUAAUUCAAGGUCCGCUCACUGCCACAAUAUAACCGUCAUACUUAAAGGAAGGAACUCCACAAAGGUUACCGAAGAACUUCUUCUGAUCAUUGGUCGAAGAUGACCGUUUGUUAAGGAUCCAAAAGAAGAUCUUAGUCCAUGCAAGAUUUAACAGAUAUACAGUACCCUAUCUUGACUAGAGCCAGGACGUGGACUGAGGCACCGCCAAUUAUGUGUCUAACAAGGAAGCGAUGGUGGGUUUUCGUGGGAAUCAAUGUUGCCCUUGUCAUUUUAGGCCAAACCGCAGCCAUUUUGUUGGGUAGAUUUUAUUAUGUCGAAGGCGGAUCAAGCAUGUUCGUAGCUACUCUAGCACAAACCGCAGGGUUUCCCAUUCUUUGUAUUCUGCUAAUCCUUAUUCCAUCACCCGCAGUCGGUUCCCCUCCUUGUAACCCCCGUACCAAAAGGCACAUUUUCUUGAUCUAUCUUUUUCUCGGUGUACUUCUUGCGGGCAACAAUUUGCUCUACGCACUGGGACUUCUCUAUCUCUCGGCCUCUACCUAUUCGCUCAUCUGCGUGACGCAAUUAGCUUUCAAUUCAGUCUUCUCUUACUUCCUUAAUUCACAAAAAUUCACUCCAUUGAUUCUUAAUUCAGUAGUUGUUCUCUCAUUUUCCGUGGCUCUACUCGCGGUGAAUAAUGAUUCCGACACACCAUCUGGGGUAUCUAAGACGGAGUACGCCAUCGGUUUUUUGUGCACUCUCGGAGCCUCAGCUGUGUACGCUCUGCUCCUGUCUUUGAUGCAGCUUUCUUUCGAGCGAGUGUUGAAAUGUGAAACUUUUGCCGCGGUUAUAAAGAUGCAAAUAUACACGUCACUUGUUGCAACAAUCGUUUCAAUAGGCGGGCUUUUUGCAAGCGGACAAUGGAGGAAUCUACUGAUAGAAAUGGAAGAGUUCAACACAGGCUCUCCCUCGUACAUAAUGACCCUUGUUUGGACAGCUAUAUCUUGGCAAAUUUGUUCAGUUGGUGUAGUCGGAUCGAUCUAUUUGGUUUCGUCUUUGUUUUCAAAUGUCGUUAGUACAGUAGCUCUCGCUGCUGCUCCUGUUGCUUCUCAGGUAGUUUUCCAUGACGCAAUGAAUGGCGUAAAGGGAAUUGCGAUGCUCCUGAGUCUUUGGGGGUUCGCGUCUUAUUUGUUCCAGAACUAUGUGGAUGAUUCUAGAACAGUGAACUCCGAGAAGCAAAUAGUAGAAAGUAGUAUCGUUUCGGCUCGAAAGGAACCUUCUUGUGCUGUGUCUUUAGCAUGAUUCUUUCAGUUGUUUCAGAUUUCAAUCAUCAAUUGUAUUGAUCCUUUGUAUCAUUGAGAUCCCAAAGUAGUUUGAAAUGUUAAUUCUUUGGAAGAAGUAAAUUAAUAUUGAGAUUCUUGUGAUUGUAGAUUCCUGAUUUUAUUGAUUCAUUGAUUAGUGAGCUUUUGUUCUUCUGUAUGAUACUAAGGUAGUAAGGCUUAAGGCUUAACAUUAUUGGUAUAUGAUAAACCCUUGUCCCUUAA